AUGACGGUAAAAUUAGACACAGAGAAAGUUUGGAUAGACGGCUGCUUUGACUUCACGCAUCACGGGCAUGCAGGGGCUAUCCUGCAGGCUCGUCGAACAGUUUCGAAGGAAAAUGGUAAACUUUUUUGUGGUGUGCAUACUGAUGAAGAUAUUCAACAUAAUAAGGGAUCGCCAGUGAUGAAUUCCUUAGAAAGAUAUGAGCACACCAGAUCAAAUAGGUGGUGUUCCGAAGUGGUUGAAGCUGCACCGUACGUUACAGAUCCCGCUUGGAUGGAUAGGUAUCAAUGCCGAUAUGUUGUUCAUGGUGAUGACAUCACCCUAGAUGCUAACGGAGAAGAUUGCUAUAAACUAGUGAAAGAGAUGAGACGCUUCAAAGUUGUUAAAAGAACCCACGGUGUGAGUACGACUGAGAUUAUACACAGAAUAUUAACAAAAAAGUCGUUGCCGCCAUCCCAUCCUGAUUACUAUCCUAGUAUUCGAGAGUUAAGUUUCUAUUCAGUUGGUGAAGAUGCGGUUUCAAAAUACUGUUACGUUUUUCAAAGAGGCCUAGGUAACGUCUUGGUAAAUGGCGGAUAUGAUUUCAAUGUAGAAGAUUGUGCUUAUGUUGAUGGGGACUUUGAUUUGUUCCACAUGGGGGAUAUUGAUCAGUUAAGAAAAUUGAAACUGGAUCUUCACCCUGAUAAGGUAUUGGUCGUUGGCAUCACCACAAGCGAUUACUCAAGUACUAUCAUGACGAUGAAGGAACGUGCCCUUAGUGUUCUAAGUUGUAGAUAUGUUGAUGCCGUUGUCAUUGAUGCUGACUCUGACACAUUAGCUCAGUAUAACUGGGAAAAAUAUCAUAUUGGCACGGCUGUUCUCAAGGCAGGCGGGAAGUUUAGCGAAUACUUAACUAAAGACGUCAUCGUCAAAAGAGUAGAAUCUCAAAGGGAGUUGUACAUUGCGAGGAACCAAAAGAAAGGAAUGACCAUCUGA